AUGAGGAAGUUUUUGGUUCCUAGAACAAGUAUUGAGAAAGUGAAUGUUAAGCAACCGGAAGUCAAAGUAGAAGAAACACCCCCUAAUGUGGCCAACGAGUUUAAUCUAAAUGAGAUUCCGCCCGGGAGGGCCGAACACUUUGGUUACGAAGUCUUCAACAAAGACGGAUUUAAAGAUUGGAAGCAUGCAUCUAAAGGCUUUAAAGAUCAUAUUGGUAGUCAUGAUAGUAAGCACAACUCAUGUGUGAAGCACUAUGAUGAUUAUAAUAAUCAAAGACAACGUGUGACAAGUAUCUUUGCUAGAGCAACUAGGGAAUCAGAAGAAUUGUAUAAGAUCCGUUUAACUUGUUCUUUAGAUUGUACUAGAUAUCUCUUAGCAAAAGGCAUUGCUUUUCGUGGCCAUGAUGAAAGCUCUACUUCUCUAAACAAGGGAAAUUUUAGAGAGAUGGUGGAUUGGGUAAAAUCUAAUGAUGAAAAAGUAAGAGAUGCUUUUGAUCGUGGUCCAAAAAAUUGCACUAUGACUUCCGGUGACAUUCAAAAGGAGCUUGCAACGUGUUGUGCACAUGAAGUUACCAAGGUGAUUAUGGAAGAGCUUGGUGAUAGACAAUUCUCUGUGCUUAUUGAAGAGUCACGUGAUAUAUUUGUCAAAGAACAAAUGGCGGUGAUGUUGAGGUUCUUGAACGACAAAGGGAAAGUUGUGGAACGAUUUAUUGCUCCACAUCAUGUCAAAUAUACUACAUCUGAGGCACUAAAGGAUGCUCUUUAUGGUAUUCUCGAUCGUCAUACGUUAUCUAUUUCAAGGAUACGAGGGCAAGGAUAUGAUGGGGCUUCAAAUAUGAGAGGUGAGUUUAAUGGUUUACAAAGAAAGAUUCUAGAUGAAAACCCUUAUGCUUUCUAUGUCCAUUGUUAUGCUCACCGUUUGCAAUUGGUGGUUGUGUCCAUUGCUAGUAGUUGCUCAUCUAUUCAUGAUUUCUUUGAGUACAUCUCCUUGAUUGUAACCACAACAAGUGCAUCUUGCAAGAGAAAGGAUGCUUUGAAGGAGGCACAACACCAAGAUAUUUUGAAUAAACUUGAGAGUGGUGAUAUAUCUCAAGGAAAGGGCUUGCACCAAUCAUCUAGUCUCGCUAGACCCGGAGAUACUAGAUGGGGUUCACAUUAUACUACCUUGAUUCGUUUGUAUCAGAUGUGGUCCUCCGUGUUAGAGGUGCUUAUUGAUGAUGUUAAAGCUCGAUUGGCUAUAUUGAGAGAGAGUGGUUGGAAUGAUUUAUUUAGUGAUGUCCAAGAAUUUUGUUUUGCUCAAAGUAUUCCGGUGCCAAAUAUGGAUGAAGAAAUACCGAUGGAUCACCGGUUUUGUGAAGGAAGUAACGUUGUGCUGGAUUGCUUCUCAUGUCUUGACCCCAAGAACUCUUUUUCCAAGUUUGAUGUUGAUAAGCUUGCUCGUCUUGCUAAUAUUUAUCAUGCAGACUUUUCUGAUGAUGACCAUGGAACAAUAAGGGAGCAACUUGAGACUUAUGUACAUCAAGUAAAAAGGCAUGCUUCUUUUACUUCUUGUGAAGAUGUUCAAAGUUUGGCUAUGAAGAUGGUUCAAACUGAGAAAUAUUUGGGUAACGCUUGGAUAGAUUGA